CCGCCUCUGGGGUUUUAUAAUCUCACUGGUAUUUAUACCAAAGGCAUCCCCAGAGCAAAGUCCCCGAGGAAAGGAGCCUUCUUGUGUGCUCGGUCCCCUGCAUCCCAGCACCGCCUCUUACGGAGCCAUGUGUGAAGAGGAGACAACUGCCUUGGUUUGUGAUAACGGCUCCGGGCUGUGCAAGGCUGGCUUUGCCGGGGACGAUGCUCCCCGCGCAGUCUUCCCCUCCAUUGUGGGCCGCCCGCGUCACCAGGGCGUGAUGGUGGGAAUGGGCCAGAAAGACAGCUACGUGGGGGAUGAGGCCCAAAGCAAGAGAGGAAUCCUGACUCUGAAGUACCCCAUCGAACACGGCAUCAUCACCAACUGGGAUGACAUGGAGAAGAUCUGGCACCACUCCUUCUACAACGAACUACGAGUGGCCCCGGAAGAACACCCCACACUUCUCACAGAGGCACCCCUGAACCCCAAGGCAAACCGAGAGAAGAUGACCCAGAUUAUGUUUGAGACCUUUAACGUUCCAGCCAUGUACGUUGCCAUCCAGGCAGUGUUGUCUCUUUAUGCAUCUGGCCGUACCACUGGUAUUGUUCUGGACUCCGGCGAUGGUGUCACUCACAAUGUGCCCAUCUAUGAAGGUUAUGCCCUGCCUCAUGCAAUUAUGCGCCUUGAUCUGGCUGGCCGUGACCUUACGGACUACCUCAUGAAAAUCCUUACAGAGAGAGGCUACUCUUUUGUCACCACUGCUGAAAGAGAAAUUGUGCGGGACAUCAAGGAGAAGCUGUGCUACGUUGCCCUGGAUUUUGAGAAUGAGAUGGCAACAGCAGCUUCCUCGUCCUCCCUGGAGAAGAGCUACGAGCUGCCCGACGGACAGGUCAUCACCAUUGGCAACGAGCGGUUCCGUUGCCCAGAAACCCUCUUCCAGCCCUCUUUCAUCGGCAUGGAAUCAGCCGGCAUUCAUGAGACAACAUACAAUUCCAUCAUGAAGUGUGACAUUGACAUCCGCAAGGAUCUCUAUGCCAACAACGUCCUUUCAGGAGGCACCACCAUGUAUCCUGGCAUUGCAGACAGAAUGCAAAAGGAAAUCACUGCCUUGGCUCCCAGCACAAUGAAGAUAAAGAUCAUUGCUCCUCCAGAGCGCAAAUAUUCUGUUUGGAUUGGAGGUUCCAUCCUGGCAUCUCUCUCCACCUUCCAACAGAUGUGGAUAAGCAAACCAGAAUAUGAUGAAGCUGGACCUUCAAUUGUACACAGGAAAUGCUUCUAGACCAAAGCCAGAUUCUUCCCAAACCAGAAGACCCCUUUCUUCUUUCUUUGCAUUGAGUUCUAACCUUGCAAGCAGCAUUAAAGCCUUUUUUU